AUGGAGCAAGAGGAAGAGCCGUGCAUCCUGGAUAUCCAGGGCUCCGAGGAAAGGGAGAUCCAGAGAGACACACCCACAGGUGACAGGGUGGCAAGUGAGGAUGAGGUGAAUCCUCAGCAGGAAGUGGAGCCGUGUGGGACGGUCUCGGGGCUUGUUCCAGCCUGCCAGAGCCAGGGUGGACCAGGGAGGCUGCGUGUGAACCCUCCGAAGAUGAGGCGUCGCCGGUCUGCCCACCGUGAGAGGGGAUUCAUCAACCUGCUGGGCAUCCUGGAGCCCCGGCGCCCGGCAGAUAAGCCCUACCGGUGCACAGAGUGCGAGAAGAGCUUCAGCCAGAGCUCAAAUCUCAUCGAGCACCAGCGGAUCCACACGGGCGAGCGCCCCUUCACCUGCAGCGAGUGCGAGAAGAGCUUCAGCCGCAGCUCUACCCUCAUCGAGCACCAGCGCACGCACACGGGCGAGAAGCCCUACACCUGCCCCGAGUGCCAGCGCAGCUUCAGCCGCAGCUCCACCCUGACCGAGCACCAGCGCACCCACACCGGGGAGACCCCUUUCCACUGUCCUGAGUGCGGCAAGAGCUUCAGCCGCACCUCCAACCUGGUGAAGCACCUGCGCACCCACACGGGCGAGAAACCCUACGGCUGCAGGGAGUGUGGCAAGCGCUUCAGCCUCAGCUCCAACCUCAUCAAGCACGAGCGCACCCACACCGGGGAGAAGCCCUUUGCCUGCGGGGAGUGCGGCAAGCGCUUCAAGAAGAAGACCCACCUGGUGUCCCACCACCGCACCCACACCGGGGAGCGGCCCUACGAGUGCACGGAGUGCGGCAAGCGCUUCAGCCAGAGCUCCACCCUCAUCGAGCACCAGCGCAUCCACACUGGCGAGAAGCCUUUCCGCUGCCCCGACUGCGGGAAGUGCUUCUGCGUCAGCUCCAACCUCAUCAAGCACCAACGCAUCCACACCGGGGAGAAGCCCUACGGCUGCAGCGCCUGUGGGAAGAGCUUCCGCUACAAGCCCCAGUUCACCCGCCACCAGAAGCUGCACCAGGGGGACGGGGAGGAGCCAGUGGCCGUCCUGACCCUGGGACCGUGGGCUGCGGCAGCCCCACUCAUACAGAUCACGGAGACUAUCAGAUCAAUAGCUGUCGGGACAACAAGUAAAGCAGAGCCACGUGGGACGUCCUCCAGUGUCCAUGUCCCGGGAAACCAGCAGAGAGACCCUCCAAGGAGGAGACGGAUUAAACACGCUUGCUCCGAGCCGGGCUUCAUCAACCUUCUGGGCAUCCUGGAACCUCCCCGCCCUUCCGCCCGGCGGCCAGCGGACAAGCCCUACCGGUGCACGGAGUGCGAGAAGAGCUUCGGCCAGAGCUCAGUGCUGAUCGAGCACAUGCGGAUCCAUACGGGCGAGCGCCCCUUCGUCUGCGGCCAGUGUGGCAAGCGCUUCAGCCAGAGCUCCACUCUGCUGGGCCACCAGCGCACGCACACGGGCGAGAAGCCUUUCACCUGCCCCGAGUGCCAGCGCAGCUUCAGCCGCAGCUCCGCCCUGACCGAGCACCAGCGCACCCACACCGGGGAGACCCCUUUCCACUGCCCCGAGUGCGGCAAGAGCUUCAGCCGCACCUCCAACCUGGUGAAGCACCUGCGCACCCACACAGGCGAGAAACCCUACGGCUGCAGGGAGUGCGGCAAGCGCUUCAGCCUCAGCUCCAACCUCAUCAAGCACGAGCGCACCCACACCGGGGAGAAGCCCUUUGCCUGCGGGGAGUGCGGCAAGCGCUUCAAGAAGAAGACCCACCUGGUGUCCCACCACCGCACCCACACCGGGGAGCGGCCCUACGAGUGCACGGAGUGCGGCAAGCGCUUCAGCCAGAGCUCCACCCUCAUCGAGCACCAGCGCAUCCACACUGGCGAGAAACCUUUCCGCUGCUCCGACUGCGGGCGCGGCUUCUACGUCAACUCCAAGCUGGUCAAACACCGGCGCAUCCACACCGGGGAGAAGCCCUACGGCUGCAGCGCCUGUGGGAAGAGCUUCCGCUACAAGCAGCAGUUCACUCGCCACCAGCAGCUGCACCAGGGGGAGGAGCCGGUGGCUGUCCUGACCCUGGGUGGGGUCAACGUCCUCCUGACUUAA